UUAUGGAUAUAGUUUCCUACACGCAAGUACAUAAUAACAUGACCAAGAGGAAAACAUUUUACCAUCUACAGUCGAGUCCACUCUCCGUCUCGCUCACAGAGCUCAAAACCAUGGCUUUCGUGGCCACCGUCCUCCGCCGGAAGCUUUCCCACAAACCUUUCCAUUUCCAGUUACUGACAGUAAGAGCAUUCUCUGCCUCUGAGCCGCAGAGGAUAGAGAAGAUUCUGAUAGCAAACAGAGGCGAAAUUGCUUGCAGGAUCAUGAGGACCGCCAAGAGGCUCGGGAUUCAAACCGUCGCCGUUUACAGCGACGCCGAUAGGCAUUCGCUUCACGUCAAAUCGGCCGACGAGGCGGUGCAUAUCGGCCCGCCUCCGGCUCGGCUCAGCUACCUCAAGGCCUCAUCGAUUAUCGACGCGGCCAUUCGCACUGGUGCACAGGCUAUACAUCCUGGUUAUGGUUUUCUGUCAGAGAGUGCUGAGUUUGCUCAACUUUGUGAAGAUAAGGGUCUUACAUUUAUUGGACCUCCAGCAUCUGCCAUCCGAGACAUGGGUGAUAAAAGUGCUUCAAAGAGAAUAAUGGGUGCGGCAGGGGUACCUCUGGUGCCUGGAUAUCAUGGUAAAGACCAAGAUAUUGAUCUAAUGAAGUUAGAAGCUGACAAGAUUGGAUACCCAAUCUUAAUAAAGCCAACUCAUGGAGGUGGAGGGAAGGGUAUGCGGAUUGUUCAAAGUCCGGAUGAAUUUGUUGAAUCUUUCCUGGGAGCACAACGUGAGGCUGCUGCUUCUUUUGGCGUAAGCACGAUAUUGCUGGAGAAAUAUAUUACACAGCCAAGGCACAUUGAAGUCCAGAUAUUUGGGGACAAACAUGGGAAGGUUCUACAUUUGUAUGAGAGAGAUUGCAGCGUCCAGAGAAGACACCAGAAAAUCAUCGAAGAAGCUCCAGCUCCAAAUGUAUCGAAUGACUUCCGGACUCACUUGGGCCAAGCUGCUGUAUCUGCUGCCAAGGCAGUUGGUUAUCACAAUGCUGGCACUGUGGAGUUUAUAGUUGAUACAGUCUCAGGCCAAUUUUAUUUCAUGGAGAUGAAUACCCGACUUCAGGUUGAGCAUCCUGUGACUGAAAUGAUUGUUGGCCAAGAUCUUGUAGAGUGGCAAAUUCGUGUUGCAAGCGGAGAACAUCUUCCCAUUAGUCAGUCACAGGUCCCAUUAUCAGGUCAUGCUUUCGAAGCCCGAAUAUAUGCUGAAAAUGUACCGAAAGGAUUCCUCCCAGCAACUGGAGUCCUUCAUCACUAUCAUCACGUUCCAGUCUCACCACAAGUUCGAGUUGAGACUGGAGUUGAACAGGGAGACACUGUUAGCAUGCAUUAUGAUCCUAUGAUUGCUAAACUCGUAGUAUGGGGAGAAAAUCGUGCUGCGGCAUUGGUAAAACUGAAGGAUUGCUUAUCAAAGUUUCAGGUUGCAGGUUUACCAACCAACAUCAAUUUUCUUCUAAAACUUGCUAACCAUCGGGCAUUUCAAAAUGGCGAUGUAGAAACCCAUUUUAUUGAACACUUUAAAGAUGACCUGUUUGUCGACACUAGUAAUUCACUGUUAGUGGACAAAGUGCUUGGUGCCGCUAGAUUUAGUGCUACACUGGCAGCUGCGUGUCUCAUUGAAAAGGAAAAUUCUUUAUUCAGAGAAAAUCUUCCUGGUGGCGACAGCAUAAUCUCCAUAUGGUAUUCUUCUCCCCCUUUCAGAGUCCAUCAUUGUGCUAGGCAUACAGUGGAACUUGAGUGGGAUAAUGAAUAUGAUAGCAGUGGCUCAAAGUCAUUGAAACUUUCAACCACUUAUAAACCAGAUGGGAGCUAUCUGGUUGAGACAGAAGAAGAGAGUUUCCCAGGUUUGGAGGUCAAAGUAACUUGUAUAGGCAACCAUGAUUUCAGAGUCGAAGCUGAUGGUGUAAACAUGGAUGUUAGCUUAGCUGUUUACUCCAAGGAUCAGACCAAGCACAUUGAUAUAUGGUAUGGAUCACAUCAUCAUCAUUUCAGGCAGAAAACCGACCUUGAAUUGUCUGAUGAAGAUGAAACGGAACAUAAACCCAGAUUUGACAAAUCAUCAUACCCUCAGGGGACUGUUGCUGCGCCCAUGGCUGGUUUGGUUGUCAAGGUUGUGGUGAAGGAUGGGACAAAGGUGGAGGAAGGACAACCUAUAUUAGUUUUAGAGGCAAUGAAGAUGGAGCAUGUUGUAAAGGCACCAUCAGCGGGCUAUGUCCGCGGGCUUCAUCUAGCAGCUGGUCAGCAGGUUUCUGAUGGUGGUAUUCUCUUCAGUAUCAAGGAGGAGUGAUAAUUCAUCACGAAGUCUAGUGUUUCUGAAUCGUUUUAACAAGGCCGGCCUCAUUCUGAAGUUGUGCCUGGACAGAGCGAGUUAUCGGAACAGUGACAAGAUUUCUGUUGUAAGAAACUAAUUCAUAGCCUUGUUUGCACAGUCAAUUCUCAUUUCAUAUAAUAAAAUCUCACCAUCUUCAGGCUGUAAAGAAACAUUUGUCAGGUAUUUUACAAGGAGAACAAGGGAAAAAAGGUUUUAUUUUAUUUUAUUGUA